AUGGAGUACCACAAGAGGCAUGGAAACUCGGAUAUGAGAGCUGAGAAAAUCGCAAUCGUGAUUGAUGAGGUUGAGGCCAUCUAUGCGAGUAUACUCGACGGCGUAGCUUACGCUGUCGGACAGAUGAGGCCUCCAGCCCAGUGUGGCGGAGAGAACUCUCUUUUUGGGGACGCCGUUGUCGUGCUGGUGGGGGAUCCGUGCCAAGCUGCUGGAGUUGAACCUAUGGACAACCCAGUCCUAUUCCCUACAGAUGAGUUCCCCCUACUUCGGUUCUGGGAGGGAGAGUCGUGGGCCAGGACGAAACCGGUCAUAAUGUACCUGACAGGGCUGCACAGAUGCGUGCACGAGGGUUACCUACAGCUCCUCCGCGAGAUCCGUAGAGCUCCCUCAAUCCGUCCCGGACUGCCAUCGUUUUCGGAGCAGUCGCUCCAAAUUCUUCAGGCUAUCAGGGACCGAGAUGGCGGCCGAAUCGCGCCCAGGUUCUCCCACACGGUGAUAUGCCUGACUAAUGCGGAAGUUGACCGGCACAACAAGCAGAUAUUGCAGAGCAUACCUGGAGUGAAGUAUGAGAUCGAAUGCAUACAGAACUACGACUCACUGAGCUCCUCAUUCGACUUCGCUGCCGUUGCUAAACUGGGGUAUAAGGAGAAGAUCGUCUUGAAGAAAGGAUGCCGCGUGAUGGCGACGGCUAAUAGUUAUCAUCGGCAUCCUGCUUCCCGAUUCUCGAACGGUGCGAUGGGUACUGUUCUCAGCAUAUACAACGACGAGCUCGGCCAGCCCACAGUUGUUGUCGACUUUGAUGACGACAGAGAAGCCGUUCAUAUCAAGCGACAAUCCCUCGUUGUUCGGGGGCCUACAGGCAAGAUGGUAUUCGAACGUCGUCAGAUCCCACUCACGCCAUGUUAUGCCAUGACAGCCCACAGAGUUCUAGGGGCCACCCUCGAAGGAGUCUGGGCAAUCUUGUCAUCGAUAACAACGGGGUGGACCUGUGCGUCAGAUGAUGCCAUCGCCAACUUCUGGCAAGCUCCUUGGUUGCAAGGGCUUACUUAUACCGUGAUGAGCCGUGUCUCCUCUCCAGAAGCUAUAAGGAUGCUGCCGAUCCGGAACACCGUCGACAUCCAUAAGGUCCUCCCAAUUUUCUCUAUGGACAGAACAGCUCUGACGUUCGAUGCCAAAUGUGCCGAAGAAAGCUGGUUAACGAACUCUCCCCUCCCAAGGCUACUUGUGGGAUCAAGAGGACCUGAGGAAAACGAUCAGGCGGAUACCAAACAGCAGAGCUCACCGACAGGGAGCACGAAUGCCUUAGAAUCCCUAGAGCACAAGUUGAGCUACAUUGAGGAGAAGAUCAAGGCGUUCGAAAUUAGGAUGUUAGUCUCGCAGCAUUACGCUACGAGGCAGAACUCCACGGUGGGAGACCCUGUCAACCCAGUACUCUACUGUAUGAGAAGGCCAUCGCUGAGCGGCAGGCUUGAAAACAUGUCGUUAGAAGCACAACUGCGCUUCUUCGAGCUGCUCCAUGAGAGAUUGAAUCUAACCUUCCCUAGGCCGAGCCAGGAGGCAGUGGAGAAACUCAUAGAGAACAUCUCGAAUGAAAUCACAGAAGGUAGCCCAGUGCCUAUGGAUGAUUCAGAGACCUUGGAAUACCGCAAUUCUUAG